UCUACCCCGACCGAACUCUCUCUCUCUCUCCCCCCCCCCCUCGACUGAAGAUGAUGUCCUUCUGACUUGAUGAACUAACUCUUCACAGGCUUAGGCGGCUGCAGCAUCCAGCAAAAAAAGUACAGAGACACGACACCCGAAAAACGUAACAACACAUCCCAUCCCAGUUAGUUAUUUAUUUAACAGUUACUUACUGCCACAAUGAUCACUUGGCACGACUUCUACACGGUCAUGACCGCGAUGGUCCCGCUGUACGUGGCCAUGAUCCUGGCCUACGGGUCAAUCCGGUGGUGGAAGAUCUUCUCCCCUGACCAGUGCUCCGGCAUCAACCGCUUCGUCGCUAUCUUCGCCGUCCCCCUCCUCUCCUUCCACUUCAUCUCCAAGAACAACAUCUACAAGAUGAACUUCCUGUUCGUCGCUGCCGACACCCUCCAGAAGGUCAUCAUGCUCAUCGUGCUCGCUGUCUGGGCCAACUUCACCCGCAACGGCAGCCUCGAGUGGUCCAUCACCAUCUUCUCCCUGUCCACCCUCCCCAACACCCUCAUCAUGGGCAUCCCCUUGCUACAGGCCAUGUACGGCGGCGAAGCCGGCAGCCUCAUGGUCCAGGUCGUCGUGCUCCAAUGCAUCAUCUGGUACACCCUGCUGCUGUUCUUGUUCGAGUACAGGGGAGCCAAGAUCCUAAUCAUGGAGCAGUUCCCGGAGACUGCGGCCUCCAUCGUCUCGUUCAAGGUCGAGUCGGACGUCAUGUCCCUCGAUGGCCGAGAUUUCCUCGAGACUGACGCCGAGAUCGGCGAUGACGGGAAGCUCCACGUCACCGUCAGGAAAUCCAACGCUUCCAGGCGCUCGCUGGGACCGGGGUCGUUCUCAGGGCUAACCCCGAGGCCGUCGAAUUUGACCGGGGCGGAGAUUUACAGCCUUAGCUCUUCCCGCAACCCGACACCCCGCGGGUCCAAUUUUAACAAUUCUGAUUUCUAUUCGAUGAUGGGGGUGCCCGGGUUCCCCUCGAGGCUAUCCAACUUCGGGCCUGCCGACAUGUACUCGGUUCAGUCGUCCCGCGGGCCCACCCCGAGGCCCUCUAACUUCGAGGAGAACAUGGCCAUUCCUUCCCCGAGGUUUGGGUUCUAUCCGGCACAGACCGUGCCUGCCUCAUACCCUGCCCCUAACCCGGAGAUCGCGUCCGCCUUCACGAAGCAGGGCGGGAAUAAGACUGCACCGCUGCAGCAGCAGAGGGUGCUGGAGAGUAAAGCUAGCCACGACGGGAAGGAACUCCACAUGUUCGUGUGGAGCUCCAGCGCGUCUCCGGUCUCGGAGGGAGGAGGGCUCCAUGUGUUUGGUGGGCAAGAGUUCGGGGCGUCCGAGCAGUCCGGGCGGUCCGAUCAGGGCGCCAAGGAGAUCCGGAUGAUUGUUAACGAUCACCCACCUAACGGUGAAAACAAAGCUGCUCCUGAGCCUGAGGGAUUUGGAGGGGAGGACUUCAGCUUCGCUGGGAAAGCGGAGGCCAACGACGAGAAGGAGAAGGACGGAGAGUCCAACGGGCUGGCGAAGUUGGGGUCCAGUUCCAUGGCCGAGCUAGACCCCAAAGCUGUCGCGGUGGGGGAUUCUGGCGGGAAGAAGCAGAUGCCACCAGCUAGCGUGAUGACACGGUUGAUACUGAUCAUGGUGUGGCGGAAGCUCAUCAGGAACCCCAACACCUACUCGAGCCUCAUCGGUCUAAUAUGGUCCCUCGUCGCUUACCGACCUGGGUGGCAUGUGGUGAUGCCCAAAAUAGUCGAGGACUCGAUCGCCAUACUGUCCAAUGCUGGGCUCGGGAUGGCCAUGUUUAGCUUAGGUAUAUUUAUGGCCCUUCAACCAAAACUAAUCGCAUGUGGGAACUCAGUGGCUACUUUCUCCAUGGCUGUCCGGUUCCUCACCGGCCCUGCGGUCAUGGCUGCAGCCUCCAUUGCAGUCGGCGUCCGGGGUCGACUCCUCCACAUUGCGAUCGUCCAGGCUGCUCUUCCACAAGGGAUCGUCCCGUUUGUGUUUGCCAAAGAAUACAAUGUCCACCCAGCCAUUUUAAGCACCGGGGUGAUCUUCGGGAUGCUGAUAGCACUGCCGAUUACAUUGGUCUACUACAUCCUCCUAGGGCUGUAAAUUUGAUCUCCUAGGUAUAUCGGGUGCACGCGCAAAUGGAGUCCUUCAGGUGCAUGCAUGCAUGUCCUCCUUUCUGACCAGGCGGCACCAGAGACGGGGACAGAAAUAGAAGAGAACUCCCAAAUAUUUUCCGGAAUGUUUGGAGCAAUAAGAAAUUUUGACUUGACAAAGCCCCGAUAGAAUGCCCCACUAAAGGCCAAAAUCCAUGUAAUUUUUGGAGGCUAUAGCUUGCGGAGGGGGCUGUCUAUAGCUUAAUUGAAGGAAGAUAUGGAAGGGGGUAAGAAGAAGUCAAACAUUGGUGUGAAGAAAUAUAUGGCUGGCUGUCUCUUUAGGUGUCGUUGCGUGUGCGAAGUUUCAUUACAUUAUUCCUCUUUUGGCCCAUAAAAAGUAGACAAUAGGACAUGAUUAGUGAAAUAGAAGAUAGGUGAGGGAGAAGACGUUGCUUUUUUUUUUCCCCCCUCCUUUUCCAAUUUGUUACCCCCACUGUACUUAAUUAUUUUCUUGUUCUUUUUCCUUAAUUAAUUUGUAAUUGUAAUCGGUCAAGAAAUAAUAUCAAGGUCUUCUCGAUCGAUCAA